GCGCAUUGCUCCUCCGGCAGGGCCUGAGGGGGGCGCGGCGAGGCGGAGGCGGCAUUCCUUCUCCGGCCCCUUUCCAGGAAAGAGUGCCAGGAGGAGCCCGCCUUGGUCCACUCCCUCCUCUUCGGGGCUGGGAGCUGGAGCUCGGCAGCCGGGCGGCUCUGCCUGGGUCCUGGAAAAGAAACUCCGCGGCUCCUGCUUCUCCCCUUCCUUCUGGAGGAGGCGAGGAGCGUCCUUCUUGAGCCCUUUGGCCGCCAUCUCCCAGCUGAAGGGCAGGAUUAUCCGGCGUAAAUGCCUUGAAAGGAGGAGGCGGAGGGCCCCAAGGAUGGUCAGUCAUGGCUUGGCUGGGUGAGCUCCAGCGCCUCUCGCUGCUCUCCUUGUUUACGGCGGCGCUGGCCGUCCUGCUCCUCUACCUGGUGCAGUAUGGCCUGAGAGCCCUGCGGAGAGGAGGAGGAGGAGGGAGGCAAGAAGAGGCGGAGGAGAAGCCGCCGCUCCUGCGCUCGCCUCCUGCGCCCCACGGGGAGGACUCCUUCCUCGCCUGGCUCCUGGCCCUGGACACUUGGAGGGGCGAGUGGCACAGAGCCUGGGUUGCCGCCCUCAACGAGGAAGCCCGAAGGCACGCCAGCCGUGGGCAGGACUCCUGGUUGUUUACAUUUGAAGAAGAUGCAGCUACUUGCCCUUUAGAGCUUGCGGUACAGCAAGUAAUAAGUGUAGCAAAGUCUGUUGAAGAAAAGGUGGUCUCUUGUAAUGUUAUUGGAAACGCCUUUCAUUUUACUGUUAGUGUGUCCCAUACUUCAUCUGUUACCACAGAAUGUCAGUCUUACAGUGUAAAGCUGUCUCCACUUUACUUGAAGCUGCAACUUUCAAUGAGAUCGUCAGAGGAAGACAUUCAGGUUAAGUGGUCUUUCAUCUACACCUCAGAAACAAGUAUUGAAGCCAAGCCUACUAAAGUCCAAGAGGAUCAGAAAGCUGGAGAACCUGUACUAUCAGAAACACUUAAAGGUGUAUUGCAGAAUCUCAUCAAAGCAGCAUCUCCUUCUGUGAUUCUCAAUGCAAAACCUGCAGAUGCAAAGGCAAUACAGAGCAUACAAAACGCAGGAGCUCUGCUACAGGGCACAAGUCCUCCUAAGCCUCCAAGGGCUCAUGAUCUCAAACUUCUUGUGAAAAACAUCAGGGCUACACUGACCAACCAGAGCACUGCAGUCAUGAGUAACCCAAUAUGUAUAAUUCAGCUCAAUGACCCUUUGCAGAAAUGUUCUAGCUCUGUGCCCAGCAACUCCAUGGACAUCUGUUGGAAAGAGGAGUUCAUCUUUGAAUUAAAUGCCAAAUCAAAAUACCUGCAAAUACGGAUUGUAGAAAAUGGAGAACUGGAUAGUUGCUUUUCAGCGUUGGCUACUGUACCUUUGGAUUUGUUCAGGAAACAGCCGUCUGGACACAGAAGUUUUGUUCUGAACAGUCCGCUCACUGGCAGUAGUUCUGUAGUAGGAUCUGUCUUUGCAGAGUUCUCAUAUAUUGAACCAUUAGAGACUAGAUCUUUGCAGACUUCUGCCAAACUUCCUGUUGCGAAAGUAGAGAAGGAUCGAACUGUGAUGCCCUGUGGGACUGUGGUCACUACUGUAACUGCUGUGAAAGCCAAACCUUUAAUAGAUGGCAGACCUUCUGUGCUGCAUUCAGAUUCACCAAUUCGAAGUCCUGUUAAAAUGAAGGUGAUUGAGAAGGAUUUAUCUAUUCAAGCUAUCAGUUGUCGGAAAGCUUCAGUAAGCAAGGCUUUAUCUUCAUCAGAUACAGAGUUACUGGUGUUGAAUGGCACAGAUCCUGUUGCUGAAGUAGCCAUUCGACAACUAAGUGAAGCUGCAAAGCAAAAGCUGAAGUCUCCCAGGAAAAAGAGCACGAUUAUAAUUUCAGGGGUAUCAAAGACUAAUUUAUCUCAGGAUAGUGAAGCUGCACUUAUGUUGGACUAUGCAGCAGCCAUGGAUGGCUCAUAUAAACAAGUCAUGACUUCCAGCAGUGCUGAAGGGUCACCGGCACAGUCCCUUUCUGGAGAAAAACUGUCAUUAUCUGCAUCCCAAACAAUACCUGCCCAUGAAGGACCCCAGGAAAACAGCCAUGACGAUUGGACCUUAGAUGACAAUAGCCAGCCAUGGCAAAGCAAUGCAAUACUAGACCAAGACUGUGAUAAGAUGUCUGGGAGCUCUGUAAGCAUCUCAGAAUCUGGAACUAUGAAGAAAUCCAAAGGUGGAAUAUUAAAAAAGAGUGCAAAGUUAUUCUUCCUCCGCCGGCACCAUCAAAAAGACCCAGGAAUGAGCCAGUCACAUAAUGACCUUAUUUACCUACAGCAGCCCUCACCUGAUGGUACCAGAAAAAAGGGAGGAACCCUAACACGCCUCCUGAACAAGAAAAUUAUCUUCAAGAGCAAGAGCAAAAGCAAGCUGAAUGGAACAUCAGUUGAACCAUAUGCAUAAUGCCUAUUACACGCCAAAUUGUACAGCCUCCCAGUAUGCUUACUGAGAUUGACUAAUGUUAUGGUCCAUGGAAGACACUGGACAACAAAAGCAAAGACAUGAAAUUGGUGGAAGAAAGCUGAUAGAAGUUUUAAUAUACCGCAAAUAAAACUUCAGUCCCGUCCAGACUUCAUUGGAAAUGAGCACAUUGAAAUCAGUGGGCCUUAGUCUGUAAAACAGUACUAUUUUUAAAAAAAAUCAGGUUUCAAAUGUGUUUUUAAUAUGGAAUUGAACAUUGAUGACCAGGGAGUUAUAGUGGACAACAGUCUGCAUGAAUGUAUGUAUGUUAAUAGUGGCAUACCAUGGUUGCAUUUUAAAGAAAUAUAAUAUAGUGAAGAGUAGGAAUACAGAUUAAAACAGGGUUUUGUGUUGUGAGAAAAAAUAAAAGUGAAGAGACCAAGAAAUCCAAAUCUAGAUGAUACAAAAUACAAAAUAGUACAUUUACAGUGCAAUCCUAUAUAUGUUUACUUAGUAGCAAAUCCUGCUUAUGUUUAGUGGGGUUUACUCUCAGGUGGGAAUGCAUAGGAUUGCAGCCUUAAAAUAUUGCAGGACAGAGAAAUGAAAUGCUGAUGCAGUAGCCCUGAUAUACUUAUUGCUAAAAUGCUGUAUUACUGUGGCUUGCUUUUCAUAGAUAAUAACUAUAGAGACUGAUAACAUGCACAGCUACAUAUGAAUAUAAUGUUAAUACUCUGUGCAUGUACCAGGAAGAGCAUCCCCUUUAUGUUCUGAGCUGAUGUGCUCACAGACUAUUUACCAGUCCAUGUUAUUUUUUUUCCAUUAAUAGAUUACAUUAGCAAUACUACCCUGAACCUGGGGAGGCUUCAAUUUAUUGGACAGAUGUAUGCUGUCUAGUGGAAAGAAGGAUAACACAUCUCUUCCAGGCAUUUCUCUGCUACAUUUUGGAACUAACUAGGUCAAGGGAAGUGUGAAUUCGUGUUCUGAACUGUUUGCUUCUUAAAUACUAAGGAGAGGCAAGUUGUUCUCGCCCGUAUGGUUAUUAUUGGGUAAAGAAAAUACAUACUAUUUUAUAUAUUCUUAAUAUAUACAUGCAUUUCUUAUUUAAAUUCCAAACCUUAUCAAGAUUUGUUGGAGAUUUGUUCUGAUCGACUUGGCUUCAUUGUGAACAGUAAAAUCCAAGUCUCCUAGUUUAAUCAGCCAACACCAGGUACCAAUACGAUCACUGCAUUUUGGCCAGUAAAUUAAGAAAUAUCAUUAAUUUAAGUAAUGAUAUAUCUGGUAUAGUCAUUUACAUAAGCUAUAAUGGUGUUAGUGUUGGAUUCAAGCUUCUGAUGUGUCCAAUAUGCAAAAAGAAGGCUACUGAAAAGGAAGCAACAGUUGUCACUACACUGGGAAGGUUCUGGUUUCUCUGGCCAAAUCCUAUUAUAGUCUGAUCUCUAGAAAAUUGAUUUCUUCAUUAAAUAAUUACAUUUUUGUAAUAAACACUAUGAUUGUGAUCCUAUAUCAAUUUCUUUAGGAAAAAUGGAUGGGAAUAAUGGGAGAAUCUGGAUGUUACUGGAUUGCAGUACCCAUCAGCCUUAUCAGCACAGACAAUGCAAAGUGCUGGGCUUUGUAGUUUAGCAGAGCUCAAGGGAGACAUGAUUCCCAUUCUUCCUCUAGAAAUGACUCAGCCAAGUCACAUAUUCUGAGCUUCAGAAAAUGCCACAAUAAGGGCCGCUAUAAAUUAGAAAUGACUUGAAGACACACAACAGAAGGCCUAAUGUAAUGAUUGGGUUGCUCUUAUAUAAAUAAGAGGACAGGAGACUUUUGCCCCUCCAAAUGUCAUUGGACUGCAACUUCCAUCAAUCUUAGUUACAUUCCAGUAACUUCUGGAGGACGAUUUGUUCCACCUUAUCUCUUGGCUUUUAUUUUAUUGUAUAGCUUGAUGGCAUAUAAAUGGAUUGAAAUGCAAAACUGUAUAAAAAGGAGUUGCUGCUCUUACAGAUACUUGAAAUAUUUAAAAACUUGUUUGAAAGUCUUAAAGCUGUUUCAUUGGAUAUAAAAAAAUCCAAAGGUA